CAAGAMAAAGUAUUGUCCCAUUAGUCCAAAUUAUAAUUAAAUGAUUGAUGUGUGGUUGAUGCAGUGAUUCCUUCAAGGAAUGUCAGUCCCCUUAAUGAAAAGCCUCCUGUACCAGCCGGCUGCUUCCUGCAGUAAAGGACUACAGGAAGUCUUUUACUGUGAGGACUUUCAGCCUGACGUGUGUUAAUAAAAACAUAACAAAAACAAAUGUCCUGCAGAGACCAGAGRAGUCCUCCGUCUCAUCUUUUUAGGAGCGACCCGGAGGCUCAAGCAGGACCAGGAGCUGCUGCCAGACAGACGCACGUGUUUCUGAUUAGUGUUAAUGAGCUGAAGCCCCUGGCUGAAGAGGACAGACACCACGAUGGAGGAGGGACGGUCCGUGACGCCUCGGGACUUUAUCUGAGAGGCUCUCCGCAGGAAGACCGUACACCAUUCGCGCCCUUUCAGUGUUUAGUUUGUUUGUUAAAGCGCAAAGAUGGGGUAGACUUCUGAAAAAUCUGCACUAAUUUGGAAACUAACAGGUCUCCGACUCUGAAAUGUCUCAACAUUGGAAAUGCAGCUCCACGUCUGUCUGUUGCUUUUUCUCCUCAGAACAGAUCCAGUACAGGCCUGGUCAGACCAACAGUGUGGUGGAAAUGUCAGCCUGGACCAACAACCUGGUCACAUCAGACUCCCUCUACCGGGACUUUUUAAUGACACCCGAACUCUCAACCCCGUUACCCAACAGUCUGACAGAACUGUACAGACCUGCACCUGGCUCUUAGACUUACCCUUGGGUAGGACGGUACUUUUAAAGUUGGAUUGGUCAGAAAGUGGCACAGGGGUCUUGGUGUGUUGUGCUGGGAGUGAGGAAGAUCGGGUCUUACGGAGGGGGGACAUGACUCUGCUUUCCGGCUGUGACGGGAACAAAGCCACCCUCAGCUGGAGGGGAACAGGACACUCCUCGGAUUCACUUCGGCUGGUAUAUUUUGUUCAGGAAGAUGAGAGGAAUUCUUCAGGGGAUCGCUCUCAGAUGGGAAGUACCGUCACAAAUAUUGCUACUGUUGCUCAGGAGGAGGUGAAGGGCACGGAGGAGGACAGACGUCGCUUCUACAACAUUCUGGUGGGGAGUUUUGGCCCUCAAUUUGCGUCUAGCACCUAUUCUCAGGACAAGGGUUUGCUCCGCCCCACCUUGCCCCAGCAGGGGCUUCCAGUCUCUGGGAGAGCUGAUAGGGAAACUCUCCCUUUUCCUGAGGAAAAACUGAACAAUGGACCGGAUGCAUCUGGUGCUUCUCACCUCAMCAACGAUCCCACAAGUUCCAGAACGCUCUCAUAUUCUCAGCACGCUAUCCCUGCAGAUAGAAAACCCCAAACAGAAAAUCCUACUGUCAGUCCAACUGAAAUGUCCCGGACUGAUUCAAUAAUGACUUCACUCAGCACAGAUUUAUUCAAAUCUGCAUCUACUGAAACAUCUACGCUUCGAGACCAAAAUGUUACUCAAACAGACCAAAGUGUGUCUGACUCUAGAGUUCUCAACGUUUCACCUUCACAGAUGCCAUUGGAGCCUAGUACCAGACUGUAUCCACUUGAUGGUGCUAUUGGAUCAACACCUCAAGCUCUUCCCUGGACAAGUUGGCAAAGAGUAGAUGGAUGGAGCUCUGAUCCGACCUCCAACCCUUUAAAAUCAUCCAGUGAACCUCCACAGCAUGUCCCGAGCAGUGCAAACGCAGACAAUCAACCCACUCAGUCAUCUUCACCCGGUUCUAGCGAGACUCGAUCGCUCUACUCCCACCUCGCAGAGCUUGACACUGCUUCAAGUUUGGGUGACUCCUCUACAGCUGAUGUUCCCACUCGGACCGCUGCUGCUGAGUCUUUUGACAAAAAGUUUGGAAAUGCAGAUGUUCUUCACACUCUUGCUCCUUCCACGCAGAGUCAAGCAAACACUCCAGGAACUCCUGAACGCUCUUCAUACACCUCUGCAUGGAAACCAACAUUAACAGAUAUGCAGAACAAUACACACAUCGCUACGAACUCUACCCUUUUUACUUUUGACAAAGAUGUAGGACAAACCCCUGACUUUGUAGGCCAUUUUUCUACAUACCAAAACCACAUGACAAAAAUCAAAAACUCAGCUUCUACAGCAACAACCAGUGAAAUAUUUACACCACCAUUCUUUGAGACAAUCCCACAUGACAACUCUGUCACUGAUUCUACUCCGUUAUCAUCCAGCACAACCACAGAGUCAUCUGUACAUUCAAACACACUCCAAACCCAUGUUUCUCAUGGUAUUCACACAACUUUAACCUCUUCUGUCUCUGAAUCCUCACAAACCUCACAUUCAUACCAUCUUCCAUCCUCCACAAACAUCACUGCAUAUAAACAAUCCCACAGCUUUAUCACCGCCGCAGUAACCUCUCCACCGUCGACUACAAAGUCAGAUUACAGGAAGGUGAAGGGAAAGAAAAAGAAUAAAUUUAGGCAGCAGUCUACCACAGCUGGACCAGCCUUACAGCCCAGCCAGCAGAGCCUUACUGUGUUCACACCCUCUGUUUUGACCGCCACACCCGCUCAGAGCUCCACAACAAGUCCAGUGUUCUACGUUGUAGCAAACCAACCUGCGACAAUCAGAGUGGACUCRGUUGAGCUUCUCCUGCAGAUAGUUGUUGAAGACUUCAAAUCAGCUUCAGCUCCUGGUUUGGAGGAAGACACGGCAGCWUGGGUACAACCUUACCUACAGAGAGUCCCAGGCUUCAGUAAACUGUUGGAUGUCUGGAGCAGUGGUCAUGCAGUUCAGAGUCUGGUUGUGUUUAAAACCCGUGGGGCCCUGCAGUGGCUCAGCAUGAAUGGACACAUGUCACUGCUGGAACAAACAGGACUGGCUCAAGCUGUUCACGAGGGGAGGACGUUCAGAUCGUCAACGAUCACCAACAUCACUCUUGGAGGACUGCAGGGUGACGUGUGUGACUGGUUGCUGCAGUGCCCGGCAGGAUAUAAAUGUACCCCUGAGCCCGGCACCACAAACUACAGCUGCUCUUCUGUGUGCCGCUUUGAUUACUGCCAUCAUCACGGCAUCUGCACGCACCAUCCUGGCCAACUUCCUGUCUGCCGGUGUCUGGUYGGUGAUGACUUCUGGUACAUGGGCCAGAGGUGUAAUAUGAGGAUGACUCAUUGGCGCCUUGUUGGUGUGUGUCUCACCAUCUUACUCAUCAUAACCACUGUGGUUGGCUCUUUGGCCUUUGUGGCUGUACGRCACUAUCGGGCCAUUCUGAUCCAGGCCAAAGUGGACCAGACUCGCAGCAGCUAUCGCAAGUUCAACCACUUCGAUGAGCUGUCGAGUCGGUUCUGGUUGCGUUCGUGGGCGGGGUCAGCGGAUUCACUGGACAAUCCCGCUUUCACCCGGUCCGAUGAGUUGAUGCACCUGCGAGCGCUGGACCGCCCCUGCUGUUACCAUGAUGACACGCUGUCGCUGGCUUCCUCUUGUCCCAGCCAYGGGGCGCACAUCAAUACGAUUUACCCUCACAGCUCCCAGUAUGGUUGGAGGGGGAGUGGAAUGAGUAUGGGGGAUGGUGUGUUGGACUCAGGGAAGGCCAGUGACCUGUCUGUCUGUAGUUGGCCUGUGGAGCCCAUCCACUGGACUCCGUUCCCUCUCCUGCAGCACCUGGCGUCCCACAGGACACCCAGGGUCAGGGUGACACGACCCCGGUCCUACUGUGAAGGCAUGGAGCUGGUYGACCUGGGAAAAAGUUGGACUGCUUGACACACACACAAAAAAAGAAGCAGAUAUUUUCUUCCAUUGUUUUAAAUGCUAAAUGUUACUUUUUCACUUAUAAA